AUGUGGCGGGGCGCGGCCGCGGGGCUGCUGUGCCUGGCCGCCGCCUGGCUCCUGGGCCGCGGGUUCGAGCCCCGCGCCCGCCUGCUCUGCGCCGCGGAGCUGCGGCGCUACCGGGGGGCACCGGGCGAGCCCGGGCUCUACCUCGCCCUCCUGGGACGGGUCUUCGAUGUGGAGCGGGGCCGCAAACACUAUGGGCCCGGCGGCGCCUACAGCGGGCUCGCAGGCAGAGAUGCCACCAGAGCGUUUGCCAGCGGUGACUUCACCCCGGCGGGGCUGGUGGACGACGUGGCAGGGCUGUCACCCCCAGAGCUGCUCUCCAUCCACCGCUGGCUGAGCUUCUACAGAGACAACUACGAGCCCGUGGGGAAGCUGGUGGGCAGAUUCUACGAUGAAAAUGGGGCACCGACAGAAGCCCUGAGGGAGGUUGAGGCUGCCAUUGAGGAAGCUCUCAAAUUUCAAACAGAAAAUGAGCAGAAGAAGCAGCAGUUCCCACCCUGCAAUUCUGAAUGGAGCUCUGCUAAAGGCACCCGGUUCUGGUGCACCAGACAGAGUGGGGGCGUGCACAGAGACUGGGCUGGAGUCCCUCGGAAGCUGUUCAGCCCUGGCUGGCAGGGCAGCCGCUGUGUGUGUGUGAGGAGCUCGGGCCCCCCCUGGGGACAGCCACAGUCCCAGCACAGCGACAGAGGGGACCUGGAUGACCCUCACCUGCAGCAGUACGAGGGCUGCCCUCCCCUGGCCGAGCAGUGUGUCCUCCUCACCGGCUGACUGCGGGGCACCGACAGUCCUGCAGUCAAACCUUGCACUUCGAGUGGGCAGCUCCAGCCCUUCCACCUGUCCAUGCAAAGGGAGCAAUAACAAUCUCCUGUUAUUUGUGAUGCUUUUUAACGUGUGGAGGUGGAGUUGAGUGAAGGAGGAAACACUUCACCCAGGUUAAUGGCUAAAAAGUCAAGUCACAGGAUGCUUUCUUUAUUUCUAUGAGAAAUAUUUUUGCACCUGGGAACAAACUGUAAGAGGCACAGCCUGAAUUGUAUUUUAGAACUGCUUGCUCGUGCAGUCAGGAAAUGGAUGUUAGUGUGCACAGUGGUGGGACAGUGUGCUGUGGUUUAAAGCAGCGAGGUCAGUGAGCACAGGAACUGCUGCAGCAUCCCUCCCCACACUCGGUGUGCAGUCCUCAGGUCCUGAUGCAGGGAAGUGCUGAUGCUCCUUCCCAGGCACCUGACUCACUCCAAAGAGUUUAAAGGUAGCAGGGAGAACCCUGAAUUUCUUCUGCAAUUAAGGUCUGCAAUAUCUAGGAACUUGCCCAGUUUAGUUACACACAAGCUUUAUCAAAUUCUUGGAGUAGAGAAGGCAAAGGCCAGAGCUGUAUUUCCUCACUCAGUGUUUGCAUUAGAUACUGUGCCAAGAUAUUGAAGCCACCUAUGAGAAUUGUUGUUUGACAUUAACCUCACUCUCCUGGUCUGUGAUUCACCACUUUCAAACUGUUCUGAUCAGGAAUGAGUAGUUUUAAAUAGCUUUCUUUUUGCUGUCUGGGUGGCAACAGAACCAUCCUACUGUAAUCUGCCUCCUGUUUCCAUUCUGGUAUAAAACUUCCUCCCAUCUGGUCUGUGCCUCUCAGACUAUAACCUGAGCUGGAUGUGCCCUUACAAGACCCAGCACUCGUAAAAUCCAUACUUAGUGUAUCACAGCUGGCAGAAUUCAGCAAUAUGAGUGACUCCCAGAAAUGCAGGGCAGGUUAUUACCCUUUCUGGGUGGGGCUGAAAGGGAGGAAGGAAUCCCUGCACAGGGUUCAGGCACUACAAACCUCAAGCUGCAGGGAAGCAGUUGCUGGUUAUAAUGGAAUCUGCUGUUAAAAUCAGUUUUGGUGUAGCUGAGCUUUGAGAGAGACAUGGAGAUCAGAUCAGUGGUGGCACAGGUCCCUGCUGACUUGUGGUCAGUUCUUCUCUUAAGGCAGCUGCCACCUAUGUCAAGCAGCUGGAAAGUGCUUAUAAACUGAUUUUUAGCUACCAGCACCUCUAAAGAGAGGCCCAGAAUCGAAGUGAUUAGUUAUUUAAUUAGCAAGUUUACAGGAGGCACCAUUACUCCCUUGCAGUAGGACACAUGACAGCAUUUCUCACUGAUAAAAGCUCAGAGGAUGCUACAGCUGCCAGGGAUGGAGCCACGCAGCAACUUCAACAUGUACAUGCUUGUUGUAAUAGUGGGAGGGUCGGGGCCCAGGGGUUGUGUUUUUAUUUUUGGGGUUUUUUACCUAUCAUCAUCCUGAAGAGAGGCUCUUCCAGGCACUGCCCCGCUGUGCCAGCUCGUGUCACUCACAGGAGGAGCAGGAUGUGUGGCAGAACCAAACCUCAGCCCUGGGCUUGAGCCAUCUUUGGGGGUGGAGUUAGCAACUCAACUCACACAAUGCUGAAGAUCAAGCUUUGUAAAAAGCGCAGGAAAGCUGCAAAGCAGCACUUCACUGCCUCCACAACUCUGGCCUUUGCCACGUUUAAGAAGACACCACCACUUUAAAAAGAAAUUGCAUUUAAAGUAGUGAAACCAUCCACCCAAAUGAUUGGCAAAUGCCUUUAAAAGAGCUUUUUAAAACUAUUUGAAAGUUGGAGCAAAUUCUAGACUAAAAUGCUGUAAGAAGUCGUUUGUGAGGGUAAACCAGUCCCAGUGAAGGUGGACCAGCUUGACCUUCUAAGCAAGUUUCAUCUUGCUGUUACACUCAAUCACUAUACAAACAGUGCUGAGGGGAUGGUUUUGAUAGCAAGAGCUACACAAAAAUCAAAUAAACUGCUGCAAAAAGGCAGGGCAGGAAGGUGUUGGUUCAAGUUAAAGUUGGUUGAAAACCAGUUCACAGCUUAUUCCUCAGUUUAGAGUUUGGAAACACUGGGCAGGAAGAGUUUGUCUUGCACUAGGAAUAAGUCAUCUAUUAAAGCAAACAAGGAGACACCCUCACUGACCUGAAGUGCUCCAAGACUAUCAUGUUUAUAACUCCAAUUCAGCAGCUCAGCUGGAUUCUCCCAUGGUGGAAAAGGAAAAGGGUGGGAAGAAAACAGUGAUAGCUACAGAGGGCUCAAGUCACCAAAGACAGUGCUCUAAUAAAGCUCACCAUUCAUCUGUACUUCAGUAAGUUUUAUUAAUAAAAGACUAAAUGCAUCACAAUCUCACCCAGAAGUCUUGGCUGGGUUUGCUAUUGCACUGAAGUUUUCCUGAAGUGAAGCUGCAGCAGCUCUCUGCUCUCCCGGGGGCUGAGCUGCCUCCAGUACACAACUGAGUGCACCAAGUGUCAGUAACUUGAACUGAUGAACUCCAUGAACAGCUCUGGCCCGUGGGGAGCUCGGGUUUGUUUCACAAGACUGGUUAUAGGUAAGUCUAGUAUAAGGCAUUCAAGAUGACUACAUGGUACAAGCUAGAACACCAGACCUUGACAGCCAAAAGAACACUUGUAGCAGUUCCACGACAUGGACUCGUUUCAGAACAAAGAAUAAAGUUGUUAUGCCUGACUGGA